CCCUCCAAAGAGCCAUGAAACCACGUACACGUAAAUGUUCAGUCAGUUCAAGAAGUUACCGUGAUCGCGUGUGGGUUUUUAUUAUUUAGCUGAUUUUUAAGAUUAUGUAAAAUGUAUUGAAACACGUUUCCUCUUUGUAAACAGCGUGCCAUGUGCCUGGGAUUAGGGCAUUGCAAUGCGGAUUACUUUUUUCGAGAUUCGCCGAUGGUGUUGUGCUAGACGGAGAUGUUGGAAGGACAGAAUUUUCACCUAGUUAAACUCGCUCGUAUUUGGUAGAUCUACUGCUAAACUCUGUGAGUGAAGGAAUGUUGCAGUUCAUCCGCAAGGAAGUUCACGAUCACGUAGCAGAACGAAGGAUUCGACGAACGCGGCUCGUGACCAAGGACGGACACUGUAACAUCGAAUUUGGCAAUGUCGCGUACCACAGUCAUUUUGCUUACCUGAUGGACUUUUGGACCACCUUUGUUGAAAUCCGAUGGCGUUUUGUUAUACUUUUAUUUGUCGCUGCUUUCACAGGGAGCUGGUUCGUCUUCGGCCUGCUGUGGUACCUCAUUGCAAAAAGCAACGGGGACCUGGAGGGAGAGAAAGUUCCUGAUGGCCAUUUAAAGUGUAUCGAAAAUGUAAGCGGUCUCACGAGUGCCUUUCUUUAUUCUUUAGAGACACAGACUACAAUCGGAUAUGGAGGACGUGCUUUGACGGGUCACUGUGUCGAGACCGUAGCCCUUCUGGUCGUCCAGUCUUUAAUGGGCGCCAUUAUAAACUGCUUCAUGUGCGGCCUGAUUCUGGCCAAAAUCUCCCUCCCGAAAAAUCGUGCCAAGACUGUUACCUUCACUGACACGGCUGUGAUCUGUUUGAAAAACGAAAGCCUGUGCUUACAGAUCCGAGUCGCUAACCUUCGGAAGACGCUGCUCAUCGGCAGCCAUAUUUACGGCAAACUCUUGAAAACCAGCCUCACCCCGGACGGAGAACCUAUUAUUCUGGACCAGGUCAACGUUGACUUCCUGGUGGACGCUGGUAAGGACAACCUAUUCUUUGUUUGUCCGCUGACGCUUUACCACGUAAUUGACAGUUCCAGUCCAUUUUCGGAGAUGACUGCUGAUACACUUCAGCAGCAGGACAUUGAGCUGGUGGUCUUCUUAGAGGGCAUGGCUGAAUCUACAAGCUCGUCGUGUCAGGUUCGCACGUCCUACAUCCCACAUGAGAUCCAGUGGGGUUAUUGCUUCCUGCCCAUCAUCUCGCGGACCAAAGGAGGCAAAUACCGUGUUGACUUUUCAAAUUUCUCCAAAACUGUUCCAGUAGCCACGCCUCACUGCCCCAGCUGCUAUCUAAACGAACCCAGCAAAGAACUUCACCAGCAUGGACAGCAAGGCAUUGACAACCCUGGGUUUGAGGUAGUUACUACUGAAGAUUUGGUGGACAAUGUACAAAUGUAGAGAACUAGAAGCUGUGUACAUGUUAGUGCUUAUUCUGCUAUCACACACAAAUCUCAGGUAGGGUGCUGGAAAAAAACGCUAAAACGUGCUGGAAAGAGUUAAGAACCCGUGGCCUAGAACAAAAGGCUGCUUUGGAACGAUACAACACGGCCGAAUCUUUAGUAGGCAUCACUGUUUAGGAUCGAGCUGACAAUUCAUUAACAGUUUGCCAGUAUAAAAUUGUUUUGAUUAUUUAAAGGAUAACUAAGGUGUUCCUCAGGGUUCUGCAUUAGGGCCUCUCCGGUUUUCCAUACGCAUUUUUUCUUUGAAAGAUAACAACAUUGUAAUAAGCUAAUCUUUACCGAAGAUGAUAUAGAACUAAUCUAUUGACUUUCUAUCGCAACUUAACGUUUAAAAUGAAUACAAAUUUAAUUUGUAUUUUCAUCUGCAAAUCAGCCUGAAUGCCAAAUCAUUCCUUCAAGUUUUUCUCUUACCCGAUUUGUACAGAUUGCAAAAUUGCUUCCAAAUACAAAUGCUGAAGUUGACACCAUUUCUAUUUUAAUUGUAAAUAAUAAAUGCAUCUAACAAA